GUCAUCACCUCUUGAAGCCGUAAAUAUGCUUCACUCUAUAACUGGUAGUGGUGACCUUUCUAGCUGGUAAUUGGAUAAGAGCGUCAAAAACAAAUUUUUACAUAUUAGUAGUUUUUAAAAAACUCAUAAAAAUAUAUAAUUAAUAUUAGUAACUUUUAACUUAAUGAAACAAGAUUAAACUAUACUAUAUACAUGUAAAAAAUAAACCGAUUAACAUAAUUUAUAAGUAUAUAAAUAAAAUAAAAUACUUUCUGUAAAAUGCCAAGGUUUGUUAGAUAGAAGAAAGCUUACUCAAAUAGUAAAAUUCAGUUAUAUUAUUUAUUAAUAUUUAAUCUUGUCAAAGUUUAUUUGAUAUAUUGAACAUAAAAGGGGCAUGUGAUUAUAUGAACUAUGAAGUUUAGGUACUUUAGAACAAAAUUGUAAUGUAAACAUUUAUAUUAAAUAAAAUUUCAUUUUCUCUCAUUUUAUUCAAAUAAAUAAUAAAAUAUAUAUUUUUAAAGUGCAAUAUAUUAUAGUGUGCUAUUGUGAUACUUAGACAGCCACCUUAGUCUUUUAAUAAAAUUAAAAUUAACUGUGUAACACUUAAACUAUUCGCUAUUUAGAAUCGGAAAAAUUUACAAUUUAAAAUAUUUGAAUAAUCUAACUAAGAUUAUGUGAAUAUAUUGUAAUAUAUUUAUAUAAUAUACAUCAUUUUUUUUAUAACAGUAGCGUUUGGUAAUAUUUUAUAUUGGUUAAGUGCUAAAAUAAAACUUUUACACAUUAUCGUUUAAUAAAAUAGAUAUGUUUUAAACUUCUUAUUUCUUCUUUUCAACUGGACAUACGCCACUUACGUUGGUUUCACUGAAUGUACACCACUGAUUUGCAAGGAUAGGCAAGUUAAUGAUUUUUUUUUAAAGUUAAGUUAAUAUAUAUCAAUAAGAAAAAGUUAAUACAAUUUUUGGUUAACUCGGUUAAAUUAAAAGUUAAUACACAUUUCUUUUAAUCUUUUUAUGAAGUUAAAAAAAAAGUAUUUUUUUUUUAUAUGUUAGCAUACUUUAUUUCUUACCAACACAAAAUUAAAUUAUAGACUAUAAUGCUUAUACUUCAUACGACAUACAGUAUUUUUCUAUAUACCUAGUAUGUAAUAGGUACCUAAAAGCUGAAAAUAAUUAAUUUACAUUAUUUAAUAAAGUCUUUCAUACAGAUAUUAUUUGUGUGUUUGUAAUAUAAAUAUUGAAUAUAAAUUAACUUAACUUAUUUGUUAAAAUGAAAAAUAAACUCAUUAAUUUUGUGUUAAUUAAAAAAUAAAUUUAAUGUCAAAUAGAUCUGGCACUGUUUUAUUAAUUACAUCAAUUUUAUUGUUAAUAACGAUUAAUAAUGAGUGAUAGUUGGCGGCAAACAAUGAUGAACAUUACUGAUCGUAUAUUUCCAUCUCUUCCGCCAGAAGAAAAAGUCGGGCCAGCUUUUGGAAACGAAAUUGUGUCUAGUCUUCCACUGCAAAUGUCACUGUAUUUUAACAUUGUAUACUUUCCAUUUUGGCUUUAUACGUUCUUAUCACUGAUUUCAUUUAAAUUGAGUUGUUUAAGCAUGUUGAUCCAAACUAUAAUUUGCGUGUCAUUAUUUUUGAUAUUGAUUCUAGAAUGCGCUCGAUUGUACUUGGGUGUUCAAGGAAAUCUCGAUGAAAAAAUUCCAGAUUUGGCCGCAUUUUGGAUGUUUUCAUUGAUCCUCCAAUUACCUCUACAAUUAGUAUUCUUGUGCCUGAAUACUAUGCCUGUUGAAAUCGCUGUUCAAGGUAUAAUGUGCUUUUUACUCUUGUCACAGCUCAUUUUUGGGUUCAUUGUUUUACGUGACAUGGCAAAACAUCACAAGCUCCGUUUCCAUGUAUCGCAAUUCUAUUGUAGCCAGCAUAGUAAAACCGAAUAAACCAAAAAUAUAUGAUCUGCUAUUGUAUAAUCCAUGUAAAAAUAUAAUUUUAAAUCAUUCAAACGUGUCAUAAUAUUUAGGUAUGGAUUUUCAUUUUUCGCCAAAUUUAAUUACCUAAUUCAAAUUGCAAUUAGGUACAUAAAGUAUUUUUUUACAUAUUUAAUAAUACUUUAUAUACCUAUUCAUAAUUGAUGAGUCGUGUUAUCGCACUUUCGCAAAAGAAAUACAAAUGUUUUCGGUUUGGGUUUUUUGUGCAUGCAGACGAUGUUUGCAAAUCGCAUGGCAUCGCAGUACAACAAAAGAACUUUGUUAAGGGCGAGUUAACGACCGAAAGAGGUAAAUGAGUCGAGAGAAGGACUGGUCGGGCAUAUUCAAACACCAGAUGGAAGAGAUAAUAGAAUAUUACGCGGAAACACAGAAGUAUUUAAUAUAAUAUUAUACAUGUGCGGUAUGUGUUCCAAGGGACGUUUUAAGGGUUAAACCAUUGUCUAGGGACUCCGGUAUACGCUAGUGCGCCGUUUGUCUUACAGUUGUGCGCGCCAUAUCUCCGCGUGUAUAAUAUAAUGAAAGUUAAUGAGGCUGAAAUGCAGAUUGCAAAGCAAGACGGUACCGUUUUCGCUGAUUAAUGGCUCCCCGUUCGUGGAGGAAACAAUGCGAUAAUAACUUUAUUACGCCGGACGAACAAGUCGUGUCGCUCAGGAAAUCCAGCCCAGAGUGUGUUAUCUGGUCUCCCGAGAUCUAUCUUAUGUUGAAUUGCAUUGAUAUAAUAUAAUACAAUACUCCGGCAGACAUCGGUUCGUUUCCAAUACUGUAAUAUAGCAUAUUAUAAAUUACCGUAACAUAUACAGUUAUAAUACAUCUAAAUACUAACCAUAUUAUUUUCCUUUACUAAAUCUAAGUAAAUAGUGCAAAAUAUGUCAAUAAAGAGGAAAAUAUUUUACUCAUAUAAUUGAUUAUUAUUAUUAAAUUUUUUUUUUUAGUUAACGUGAUAUGCCCAUAGGCCAUAGUCAAUAUAUUAUUAUUAAUGUUAUAAUAAUAUAAUAUUGUAUAUACAGUAAUUAUAAUAUAGGUACUCUAUUGUAUUCUAAGGAGUGACAAUAAUUUAAUAGAAUAUGAAAAAUAGU